GCUCAGUAACCAGCCACGAAGAUGAAGAUGAGCUGCAUUGUUCGUAGCAUCCUGCUGCUGCUUUCACUCGAGGCCGCCCUCCUCGUCGCCGCCGACCGCCCCUCCACGGCCACCGCCGCCGACGAUGUCGGCACCAUUCUCCUGCCGAGCGAAGGCAAAGGCCAAGCAGGAACGGUGGCGACCAGGCCGUGGAAGUGCUGCGACCGGGCCUUUUGCACCAAGUCAUUCCCACCGAUGUGCCGCUGCAUGGACAAGGUCGAGCAGUGUGCUGCGACCUGCAAGAAGUGCGAGCCGGCCACGUCGGACUCAUCCCGCCGCGUCUGCAACGACUGGUACCAUGGCUUCCCGGGGCCCAAGUGCACGGAGGCUGAAGGUGCUCGUCAUGAAUAUGAUCACCAGGUGACUGUGGCAGCAGCGAAGAAGUGGGAGGAAGAAGAGAUGCCGUGGAAAUGCUGCGAUUUUCCUCUGUGCACCCUGUCAUACCCGCCGACAUGCCGCUGCAUGGACGAGGUCGAGCAGUGUGCUGCGACCUGCAAGAAAUGCGAUCCGGCCACGGACUCAUCCGACCGCGUCUGCAACGACUGGUACCAUGGCUUCCCGGGGCCCAUGUGCACGGAGGCUGUUGCAACAGCCAAGAAGAAGAAGGCGGAAGGAGAAGAGGAGAGGCCGUGGAAAUGCUGCGACAUGGCUCUGUGCACCAGGUCAUUCCCGCCGAUGUGCCGCUGCAUGGACAAGGUCGAGCAGUGUGCUUCCAACUGCAAGAGCUGCGAUCCGGCCAGUCCGGACUCAUCUCGCCGCGUCUGCAACGACUGGUACCAUGGCUUCCCGGGGGCCAAGUGCACCGCCGGCGGUAACUAGCAUGCGCGUUGAUCACCUGAUCGACGCCGUCCAGCCUGAGCUUUAGUAGCUGCAGCAGCCUGCAGUGUGUUUAAUAAGCAAUAAAAUAAAAUGGAAAGUCAGGCAAUGAUGAAUAAGACAAGCCGUCGUGCGUGUGUUCUCCGAGAAAAUGGAAUUCGUCACCAUGUUUUCACGAAAUGGAAGGCAGUUUUGUUGUUUUUGAA